UUUGUCCCUUCUCUGUAAGUCUCUCCCACUUGUUGCAUUGCAUGUGUUCUUGAAAACAUGGUGUUUCUGCAGACAAGCCCCACACACAAAUGCACAUAGUACACACACACAUUCAUAUACAAAUCUACAAACAAAGCAUUCUCUAUACUUUUACCACUUUCUCAUCUGUUGUCACUCACACCCCUAUCCUAUGUGCACUGUUGCUUUUUUCCUAGUGUUUCAUUUCAUUUCAUUGUAAUUUUGCUUUCAGAGUUUUGUCCUUAAGCUGUGAUCUUCUACCGGCAAAAGUACAGUCUUUUACAGACCCCACGUCUGUGACAAAGUCAUUUAUAUGAUCAAAGCGAGCAAAGUCGAAUCCUUUUUGCUUCUUAGGUUGGUUUAGGGCUUUCUUGCCUUCUUUGCAAUAUGAAAUUCUUAUACGAAACCAAAAUCCUCUUUCCCUCUUUGAUUAUUUUGUAAUUGAGUGCGUUUUUUCUUUCAAUUUCUAGGAAACUUCCUUGACUACAAGCUUUAUAGACCCCACAACCCUACACAAUUUAGACAUCUUCUAUGACUAAAAAGCCAGUCGUGUGAUCAAAAGCAAAAAAAAAGUCUCCUUUUUUGUUCUUAGGGUUGGUUCUAGGGUUUUAUUGCCCUUUUUCCAAGAUGGGUUUCUUCUGUAUUUCUUGUUGAGGGGUUUUCCCAAUCGUAAGAAAUUUUCCUAGAAAACCCUUUUUCAGGGGAAAGAGCCAGUUGGUAGCGAUCAUCUCUGUUGCAGAAUUCUUCUAUCCAGAGAAAGGUCUGUUGGGUUGCUUUGCUUCUAGGUUUUGUUGGUCGUUUCUCUCUGUUCGUGUGGGUUCCAUAAAUCCAUAUGCAACAACCACAAUGUUGUAUAUUCGGAGUCCCCAUUUGGCAAUUUUUCACCAAGAAUUGCAGUUCUUUGAAAGUUAGGUUCAUAUAUACUGUUUCUUUUAGGAGCUUUUUAACAAACGGUUGGUCUGCGUUUCAAAUUGAUUGGCUAGGCUCUUGAUUUUUUUUUUAUUGGAACAUGGGUUGUGUUCAUGGGAAAUGUUGUAGUCGAUACCCAAGUUCCUCAGAUGGUGAUAACAAGGACCGCCAAGAAUUGGGUAUAUAUACUGGCCAUGGAAGGCAUAUACUUGCAAAUUGGCCAUUACAUUGUGUUUCUGUUCCUUCACACAACUUCCAGUUGGAGUAUUCGGUCCUCACGCAACGUGGGUUCUACCCAGACACGCCGGAUAAAGAAAACCAAGAUAGUUUCUGUAUCAGAACGCAAAUUCAAGGUAACCCAAGUGUCCAUUUUUUCGGUGUAUUUGAUGGGCAUGGGGAGUUUGGUGCAGAGUGUUCAAAUUUUGUUAAGGAUAGAUUAGUUGAAAUUCUAUCAAAUGACCCUACAUUGUUGGAUGAUCCCGUUAGAGCUUAUGAUUCUGCAUUUUUGGCAACAAAUAAUGAACUACAUAAUAGCGUCAUUGACGAUUCAAUGAGUGGUACCACCGCAAUCACUGUUCUUGUUAUUGGGGAUAUGCUUUAUGUGGCAAAUGCAGGUGAUUCAAGAGCUGUGAUUGCCAUUAAGGAUGGGAACCAAAUUGUUGCUGAAGACUUGUCUCAUGAUCAGACACCAUACAGAAAAGAUGAAUGUGACAGAGUGAAGCUUUGUGGGGCCAGGGUUUUGAGUGUUGAUCAGGUGGAAGGGCGUGAGGAUCCGAGUAUUCAAACAUGGGGUGAUGAAGAGAUGGACGGCUGGGAUCCGCCUAGAUUGUGGGUUCCAAACGGGAUGUACCCUGGGACUGCAUUUACAAGGAGUUUAGGAGAUGGUGUAGCUGAGAGGAUUGGUGUUGUUGCUGUUCCUGAGGUGUCAAUGAUUCAGCUUACUCCUGUUCAUCCAUUCUUUGUGGUCGCAAGUGAUGGAGUUUUUGAAUUCCUUUCAAGCCAAACUGUUGUGGAUAUGGUAAGCAGAUACACAGAUUCUAGGGAUGCAUCUUCUGCCAUUGCUGGAGAUUCAUACAAACUAUGGUUAGAGCAUGAAAACCGGACAGAUGAUAUAACGAUCAUCAUUGUACACAUAAAAGACUUAUCAAUUGACUGAGCUAACAUGGGUGUUUAGGAAGUUCACUCAGUGUCCUGUUUCACUUGCCUUGAAAUGGUAACUGUUAAUGAGAAGUUGGAGCAUGCAACUGGCAGCAGGAGCCAUUUGAUCUGCGAACGCAAGUUUUGUUUAUUGAUUGAUCUCCACACAUGCAUUUAAGGGUGCUCGUGCAUGCUUAUAUAAACGACUACAUGAUGCAGAAUGCUCUGUAAAACACACUGGAGGACGAGUGAUCUUGGUAGGAAGUUUGGUGUAACAGACCUUUACACGAACCAUUCUACUAAAUAUGUACAUGAAAAGGAAGUUGAAGAUAUUUUUUGAUUACAUUGCAAGAUAUUUGUUUCUAAAUGGCAAAUAUGAUGAUUUCUCUAGUACUAUUUUAAGUAGCAAAAUAAAGUUAUCCUGUGAUCUUUGUUUCUGAA